AUGUUUCCGCCGUGGCUGGGGCGCGUCGCGGAUGUGGCCGGCGCUGAGUUGGUGAGCUACCUGUCGCGCUGCCCGCCCUGCCCGUCGCUCCCUGCCCCGGCGGGCUGCAACGUGAGCCUCGUGUGCCCGAGCAUCCCGCCGUGCCCGGCCCUGCCCAGCGUGCUGGGCGGGCCGCAGUGGGCCCAGGCGCCGCAGCCGGGGCUGUCGUGCGGGCCCUGCCCCGCACCGCCGACCUGCCCAGGGGAGCAGGUGUGCCGCUGCUGGACGCUCAGCUUCUCGCUGUUCCUCGUGGGGGUGCUCGUGGCCAGGAUGGCGACCACUCAGUGGGUAUACGUCUGGUACGCCGGCGAGAACAAGUGGCACCAGCACCUUAACUUAGGCAGGAUCGCUCUCAGUCGCAGCGAUCACGUCAUCUACACGGCCGAUGGCGACAUGUACAUCAUCCAGAUCCAGGACAAUCCAGACAUCCAGGCGACGAGGUUCGGCACGUACGCCACGCCCCCCGUCGGCCUGCGGAGGGCCGACGUCUACGGCUUCAGGCAGGAGCCCACCCAGGCCGAGGUCCGCCAGCUGGUGGUCGAGGCCGAGGAGGUGGCGGGCCAGGAGUGCAGGCGCCGGGCCGAGCUCAUCGGGGACUUGCAGGUGCUGCGCGGGCUGAAGGUGCUCGUCCCCCCUGGGGGGGCCGCUGCCGCGGGCCCGGCAGCGCCGCCGCCUGGUCCCGCCGUCGGGCUGCUGCGUGGCCGCGCUGCUGCCGCUGGGGCUACGCCUCGUGCUGGUGGGGUGGCCGACGUGAACGACGGCGUGUGGCGCGUGGCUGCGUGUGUGGGCGACUUCAGGGUGGGCGACGAGAUCGUGGAGCACGUGCCGUCGCCCUCCCACGUCGGGGAUCGGGAUCUGCGCCUGCUCCCGUCAGGCGAGGCCCUCUUCGUGGAGUUCGUCACCUCGGCGGCUCUGCCAGGGUUCUUGCAGCGCGCCGUGGGGGCCGACGCGAGGAUCCUGCCGGUGACUCGCAACGAGCGGGGGAAGAGGGAGCUCACCUGGUCGGCGAUGGUCGAGCUCACCAACCGUGAGGAGUUCGACGCCUCCGACUGGGGGCUCCCCGGCCCCCGCACCGCCGACUGGCGCAUGGACUACAUCCUGAACGAAGGCCUCGGGGUCGAGGGCCACCGCGAGCACUUCCGGUCGAUCCGCAAGCUUGCGGCCUCGGACUGGGGGGUGCAGGAGCACUACCAGCUCAGCCUGCAGCUCGAGCAGGCCCUCUACAUCGACAUGCUGGACGGCUCGAAUCUGGUUUCUGUGGAGACAAAGUUCAGGAGGAUGCAGACGAUCGAGUUCGCCCACUGGGACAAGGCGAAGGACCAGGAGAGCAAGGGGAUUGGCGGCAAGCUCUCGGGCGUGACCCGCGCCCACACGGCCAUCAUGAUCUGCCCGGACCUCAUCGAGCAUGUUCGGGCGGAGCUCGAGCGGGAGGGGAAGCUCAACAAGAACCUGCGCCUGGCACGCGAGGAGCGCGAGUCCAGGGACGUGACCCGGGCUGUGGACGCAUUGAAUUGGUUGAACGACUCGUCUACUCAUGUCGGGCGGGACCGCAGUUUUACAGCAGGCGCCCUGUCGCUGGCCCAGCGCCAGUGCCUGACGCACAUCAGCAGCUCUGUGGAGGAACUUGGUGCACCUCCGCGAGAUCUGUCUCCCGCAGAAGCGCUACGGCAGCUUCGCGUGGCCGGGGGCGGCUACUGUGUCGAGGAGUCGCCCCUCGGAAGCUAUGGCCCCGCGCUUGUCUCCUUGCCGGACGGGAAGGUGCCUCCAGUUCCGCUCUCGGACGUGUGGGGCGAUGGCGGGAUAUCCAAGGUCGAGCUUUUUGUUCAGCAGAGCCUGCUGCCGGCUGACGUGGCGGCCGCUCGACUGGACGCAUGGUCUGUCAAGACGCCCUACUCUGACCCUCGGCUGAGGUGCGCACGAGACUGGGAAGGUUUCGCUCGUGAUCUGCAUGCUCGUAAUUUGGUCGACUUCUCGCUGGACGACGGCGUGAGGGUCGACGCGUUUUUUGUCAAGAAGAAGGGGGGCCGCCUCAGGAUGGUGAUCGACUGCAGGCGCAGCAACGUCGUGUUCGCCGACCCCGCGCCCGUCGUCUUGCCCACGGGGGACUCGUUUGCCGCGCUCGAGCUGGACGACCCCGAGGGCAUCCUGAACGUGGAGGGCGUUGACCUGAAGGACGCGUUCUACCACCUCGAGCUGCCCAUCGAGCUCAGGAGGUACUUCGUGAUGCGGCCCAUCCUGGCGGGCUCCGUCGGCGUCUCCAGCCUCGGGGGGAGUCAGGUCGCGCCCGCGGCCAAGCUCUUCCCGAGGCUGAAGGUGGUGCCGAUGGGCUGGUCGUGGGCGCUGUGGUGGUGCCAGUCCAUCAUGGAGCGCAUCGCGGAGCAGUCGGGCUGCCCUGAGUCGCAGCGGCUGCACGACGGGCGCCCUGCGCCUGGCCUCAGCGAGUUCGGGCACCUCCAGUACGUGGACAACUUCGUCAGCUUCGGCUACGAUCGUGUCGCCGUCCGCGCGGCGGUGGCGCGGGUGGCGGCCGAGCUGGGGCGUCGCGGCCUGGUGGUCGCGCUCGAGGAUCACGCUGGGGAGCACGAGGGCACCUUCAACGUCCUGGGCUGGGACAUCGCCGCCUCGGGGAGGCUGUCCGCCUCGGGGAGGCGCCUGUGGCGUGCGCGGCUCGCCGUCAGGUGCCUUCUCAGGCGAGGCCGCUGCUGCGGGGCGGACAUCGAGCGCAUCCUCGGCCAUCUCAUCUUCAUUGCGCUCGUGCGGCGCGAGGGCCUCUCGCUCUUCGAGGCCUGCUUCAGGUUCGUGCAGACCUCGUACCACGUGGAGGCCCCGCUCCCGGGCGGCGCCCGCACCGAGCUCGCGGUGUGGGAUGGGCUGGCGCCCCUCCUCUGGCGGGAUCUGAAGGCGGGCUGGUCGAUGGACGUGGGCGCGGUCGACGCGUCGCCGUGGGGCCUGGGCGCCUGUCAGUCCACCUGGGCUCCCGCGGCAGUCAAGUCCGUCGGGCGGUACUGCGAGCGGUGGCGCUUCGGGCGGGCGGAGAGGCUCCCGCCACGGCGCCGCGCUCUGGCCGCCAGCCAGCGGGCGCUGGGCCAGGCCAUAGCGGCCGAGGUGGGUGACCCCGCUUCCGGCGGCCCUGGGCUCGUUGCCUUCGCGUCGGCUGCCGACGCCCUGCCAGCCGAGCCCGUCGGCCCGCCUUUGGAGCGCGACCUGGCCGAGUUCCCCGAGCACGAGUACAACAUCAUCAGCACAGUCAAGCACGAUAUUACCGACAUGCCCAUCAUCAGCAAGAGUGGCAAGCACGACAUCAGCAAGCACGACAAGCACGACAUCAGCAAGCACGAGAUCAGCAAGCACGGCAUCAACAAGCAUAGCGUCACCGACAAGCACGACAUCAGCAAGAUAGGCCAGCACGGCAGCAGCACGCAUGACACCGACAUCAGCACGUUCCUUCCUUCGCAUCGCCGUUUGGGUUCAUGCUGUCCAGCUUCGAGGCCUUCGCCUGGCGAGAGCGCGCCCCCACUGCCUGUGCAGAGGAAGUGCGACUGGCAUGCUGGGGCGGGCUCGCCGCCGGAGUCGGUCGCCGCGGAGCCAGCCUUCGUCGACCUCGGCAGCCUCGCGACCGGGCCCCCCGGUCUGGCCGGGCCGCCGCGCUGCUCGCCAGGCCGCGCCUGCCGCGCGGUGCGGCCUCCGCCGGGCGUGCAGGUGCUCAACGCCGCCGCGGUGCGCACGGCGAGGGGCAGGGAGGCCUACCAGGUGCUGUACACCGCGUUCGUGACUUGGGCCAGGAGCCAGCAGAUGGCGCUGUCCUCGGCCGCGGACGUCGACAAGGCAGCGGUGGGCUACCUGCGCGCGAUGUUCAACGAGGGGAAGCACCUGACCUACGCCAACCGCCUCAUCGCGGCCAUCGCUUGGAUGCGGCCCGAGUUCAGUCGGCACGGCCAGCUCCGCCUCCCGCGGGCGAAGCAGGCUGCUGUGGGCUGGAAGAACCUGGCGCCGCCCAAGAGCCGUCAGGCGCUGCCGAUCGAGGUGGUCUUCCUGAUCGUCAACUGGAUCCUCUUCCAGCGGUCCUACGAGGCUGCGCUGGCGGCGCGGCUGCUGUUCGAGAUCUACGGUCGGCCGGGAGAGAUUCACAAGCUGCGAGCCGUGGACCUCGUGCCGCCGCUGAUGUCGCGGGGCGCGGCCCACCGCUUCUGGAGCCUGACGCUCCACGCAGCCGAGGUGGGCGACGUGUCCAAGACGAACGAGUUCGACAACUCCGUGCGUCUCGACCUGCCUCGUCAUCAGCGGUUGGCCGCAAGCCUGGACUGGAUGCUGGCUCGCAGGUGGGGCGCGGGCUGGAGGGCGAGCGCCCUCGCCCGAGAGGGCGGGGCCGCAGGCUUGCCCGGCUCGCUCUUCCUCAUCUCGCCCGCGGACGUGUCCCAGGAGUUCCGGCGGGCGGUGACCGCCUUCGGCCUCCGCCGCCUCGGCGCCGCGCACCUGUGCCAGCUGCGGCAUGCCGGGCCGUCUCACGACUCCGCGGCCUCCUGCCGAACGCUGGAAGAGAUGCGCCGCCGUGGCCGGUGGCGCACCUGGAGCAGCGUGCGCCGCUACGAGAAGGGCAGCCGCCUGACAGAAGUGCUGCAUCCCCGUCUGAGCGCGCCCGUCAUACUUGAGCUGUUUUCUGGGCAUGGAGGCUUCGCCCGUGCCGCAGGGGCCAUGGGCUUCUGGGUUCUCGUGUGGGACCUAUCUCUUGGGGAACAGUACGACUUGACGCGCUCUGAGAAUCGUGCCAAGAUCAACGCGUGGCUCCGAGCAGGCCCGUUGCGGGCCCGCAGCGCGGCCAUGGCCGAGGUGAGCGCCCGCCCGGCCUGCGGGGGGCAGGCGCGGGCCUGCCUGGCGCGGACUUGCCUGCCGGGGCCGUGCGCGGGGGCCGCGGCCGAGGCUGGGGGUGCGCUGCAGAGGCUAGCGGAGGAGAGCCAGGUCGUCCAGCUGGAGGCCCGGUCCGAGGAGCUCAUCCUCGAGCUGGAGAACGCGAGGCGACAGGCCGCGUUCGCCCAGGACCUCCGGGCCGAGCUGGUGGAGGUUCGCCGGCGGGCGGUCCGCGCACAGGAGGGUUCUCGUGCCAACUCGACGUUCUCGUCGCCGUCGCGUUGGUCCAGGGGCUCAGUGCGGGAGGACGACCUUGUCCGUGCUGAUGCGGCGUGUGCCGCCCUGACAACGCAGAGGAUGGCGACCAGGCGGGCCGAGAGCGAGGAGGCCCGCUCGCAGGAGGCCCUCGAGCAUCUGCGGCAGGAGCUCCGGGCUGCACAGCACCAUGGUGAGGAGCUGCGUGGAGUACAGCAGGAUUUUCAGCUGGAGCUUGAGUCGGUGAGGCAGGCGCAGCUCCGUGACGCGGAGUCAUUUGCCGAGCGGAGCGCCUCGCUCGAAGCCACGACGCGCGAGCGAGAGGAGGAGGCCUCGGCGAGGCAAGACGCUGUGCUCAAGAGGCUGCAGCAGGAGCUCAGAGCGGCCGAGCGCGCGCAGCAGAUCGGCGCCGAGGCGCUGACCGAGCGGGAUACCUCGCUCGACGACGCUCGGCACGAGCUGGGGCAGUCUCACGAGACGCUGCAGCAGCACGAGGAGGCCUCGGCCAGCCGCGAGGCUGUGCUGGAGAGUCUGCGGCGGGACUUGCUCUCGGAAGAGAAGCGAGCCGAGAGCGAGGAGGCCCACUCGCAGGAGGCCCUCGAGCAUCUGCGGCAAAAGCUCCGGGCGGCACAGCACCAUGGCGAGGAGUUGCGUGGGGCGCAGCAGGAGCUGCAGCUGGAGCUCGAGUCGGUGAGGCAGGCGCGGCACCUUGACGCGGAGUCAUUUGCCGAGCGGAGCGCCUCGCUCGAAGCCACGACGCGCGAGCGAGAGGAGGAGGCCUUGGCGAGGCAAGACGCUGUGCUCAAGAAGUUUCAGCAGGAGCUCAGAGCGGCCGAGCACGCGCAACAGCUCGGCGCCGAGGCGCUGUCAGAGCGGGAUGCCUCGCUCGACGACGCUCGGCGCGAGCUGGGGCAGUCUCACGCGAUGCUGCAGCAGCACGAGGAGGCCUCGGCCAGCCGCGAGGCGGUGCUGGAGAGUCUGCGGCGGGACCUGCUCGCGGAGGAGAAGCAAGCAGAGAGCGAGAAUGCCCGCUCACAGGAGGCCCUCCAGCAUCUGCGGCAGGAGCUCCGGGCGUCACAUCACCAUGGCGUGGAGCUGCGUGGGGUGCAGCAGGAGUUUCAGCUGGAGUUUGAGUCGAUGGUGCAGGCCUUGGCGAGGCAAGACGCUGUGCUCAAGAGGCUUCAGCAGGAGCUCAGAGCGGCCGAGCACGCGCAACAUAUCGGCGCCGAGGCGCUGACCGAGCGGGACGCAUCGCUCGAGAACGUUCGGCGCGAGCUGGGUCAGUGUCACUCGACGCUACAGCAGCACGAGGAGGCCUCGGCCAGCCGCGAGGCUGUGCUGGAGAGUCUGCGGCGGGACCUGCUCGCGGAGGAGAAGCGAGCCGAGAGCGAGAAGGCCCGCUCGCAGGUGGCCCUCCAGCAUCUGCAGCAGGAGCUCCGGGCGGCACACACCAUGGCGAGGAGCUGCGUGGAGUACAGCAGGAGCUGCAGCUGGAGCUCGAGUCGGCGAGGCAGGCGCGGCACCUUGACGCGGAGGCCUUCGCCGAGCGGGGCGCCUCGCUAG